AGGCUCAACUCACACUGGCACAGAGUCGAAGCGACGCGACGCGUUAUAUUUUUCAGCCUAUAGCAUAUUCAUCUCUAUUGUUCCAUUAUUUAAGUACAAAUUUGUGCUAUGUAAAUAUGGAAGCGCACGUCGACGCGCGUUGACGCGCGCAUUCGCGCUUCGACGCUCGGCUGGAGUCGAGCGGAUUCGCGAGUCGCCGCGCGUUACUCGGCCGCAGUGACGCGUCAGACGCCGACCACUACGGACGGACGACAGUGCUGAACUAUACGACAAUGGACGAAGAUGAAAAAUUAAUUUUUUUAGUACAGAAAUAUGAAUGUCUGUUUAACGUCAAGGCGAAAACCUACAGUGAUAAAAAUUGUAGGAAAAAUGCCUGGCAAAAAGUAAGCGGUGAAAUGCAAAUUUCUGAGGCGGAGUGUCAAAAGCGGUGGAAAAGAAUUCGAGAUUGCUACAAAAAGGCCAUUAGAUUAAGGCAAUUUAAGAGUGGUUCUGCUAGAUCAAAUGAUAAGCCAAUAAGAUUUGAAAAAGAAUUGGAGUUUUUAAAACCAUACUUGCAGAACAAACCACAGACGUGUAACUUAGAUAGCUCCGAAGAAACUGACCUAAACACUGAUACCGACACCAACUUGUCCGCUGCGUUGCCAUCUCGACCCGAAUCACAAUUAUCCAACCAUUCCGAUACUACACGAAAGAAGUCCCAACCACUAUCACAAAUGUUAUUCGCGCAAUAUCUGGAAAAUAAGAAAAAAGAAGAAGAUCCAACAGACACAUUUUUUCUCUCUAUGUCUAAAACCGUUAAACAGAUGCCAAUACAAAUGCAAGCGCAACUGAAACGACAGAUAUUACUUUUAGUAACUGACGCGGAAAUAAAAGUUGCUUCCAAUGCUUCCUUUCAACCUGAAACAACUAAUAUCAACCCAAGGCAAGCAAAUACUUCUUCAUCCAGUGGCUAUACAACAGAACUACGAACCGAAUCAGAAAGUCUUCAGCUGCAAUCUAAUUCCACUAACUAUAAUGUUAACACAUAUACAAUGCAGCCAAAUACCGGCUAUUAUACAAUACAGCUACCAACCACUUAUACUCCUUCUACAAAUACGUCAACCAGUACCAACUGCACAACCAUUAAUCAGUUCGGAAAUAGCACUUCUUCGAGCUAUCGUAUAAAAAAUCUCGAGCUGCCACCUUCACCGUACAUACCAUUGCCGAUUGGGAUGACGACGCGGCAACGGAGGGAAGGCGAUAAUGACUACAGUGAAUGACGUUAUGUAUGGCUGAUGAAUGCCCUGAUUUAUUAAUUAUUAAACUAAGUAAACAGGGUGGGACGGUUCUCCAAAAAAUUAUAAAUACUUAUUUUUUGUCAUACCUACCUAUACUUUCCGGAAAUAAUGUCAUGUAGUUUUUAGCUUAAAAUGAUGUGAUAUAUGCAUGCUAUCAGUUUCUGGAGAACUGUUCCUUACACCUUGUAUAAUAAUGCGUAAAAAUUAUGAUUCAAGAUAAAUAAAUCUAUAUAAAUAAAAACAAAUGCUUUUAUUUUUGUCCUAUUUGUGUUCUCAAACUGUCGAUCAUAUUGUAACGAAACUAAGGCAGGGUGUUCUGACGACGCUCGAGAAAAAUCCACUGAUGUUAUAAAGGUCUUCUCACGCAAAAUUACAGAACUACUAGGUACGUUACGGUACUACCACCGCCUAUCAUUUAAAAGCAAAUUGAAAUAACAAAUGCACACACAUCCGAGGGGCUAGUGUGAGUUUGAUCGAGUACGAAACGUUACUAUCGCGUCUGUCGGAAUCAAAACUUCCCCAUACGUCCGCUAGGGGCGCUGUUCGAUUUCCCAUACUAAUUCGGCUGUGACGCAGACGCGAUAGUAACGUUUCGUACUCGAU